GAUAGAUUAUAUUUUCCAAUGGCAUAUAGGGAAUUUACUCCCCCAUUUUCCCUACACUCUAGUUUCCCCACCUGCAAAAACAAAGGAAACCGGGAGGAGCAAGAGCAAGGUUUCAGACCUGGGCAUGCGAAAAAGGUGCAGUGGUUAACCUAUUCAUCCAUCCAUCCAUCACAGCAAGGAACCCCUACCCCAGGGAGAAGGGGGGAACAGGUGUGCGUGGCGUUUUCACGAGAUGUCACAGUCAACGGCCUUUUUGCAGGCUCACCACUAGCGUGUCAUUGGUGCUUGCCUUGCGCUGUAUAUAUACACGAUACACACGCAGACCGCAGUGCGGGUGGAUGCAGAGCAGUUGUAGAGAGAGAAAGGGUGGACUCUUCUUCCCGUUUCCCUCUCCAAAUGUCUGAUUAGUUCUUUACCUGAAGAGUGAAGGGUAGUGGUGGUGGUAGAUGGAUACGGAACUUGGUGGUGUGGACAGAGCUGGGUUCCUUGGAGCUUAGCGUGACUUCAGAACACGCCAUUUCUUCGUUCUCGGAUCAUUUGGAGUCUCCUGCUUGAUUUUGGCGGCUUCUCUCCUCAGUUCUGAGCUCUGAGCAGCGACAAGUCUUUUCAGUUCACAGUUCUUGGUUGGUUCUCGAGCCGCACCGAGCAAUGGAGGUGGAGGCGCCGGAGAUGAAGGGGCAGAGAGCUUUUGCCAAGGGUCCCUUUGCCAAGCCUAUGAAGUCUUUCAGUUCUUCAGAGCGGCACAAGCGAUCCAAGAGGUUGGUGUCUGCAGCCUUACUUCUGUCAAGUUUUUUUUUCCCUUCUCCUGUGGUUCUGCCGCCAAGGAUGCUCAAAAUGGGGAUUAAUCGGUUUUUGAAUGGCAGUUAUUUUGAGGAAAUAUAUGGUGCAGAUGUUUUGCGCUCUUCAGACAAAACCAUUGUUCUGCCUAAGCCGGAAGCUGUAAAAGCUAAGGUGAAAAGUGGUAUCAAUAAGGAUGUGCGACCUGGGAGGGGAGCACAAAGCACCUUGAGAAAAGAGAUUCUGCAACUAGAAAAGCACCUCAAGGAUCAGCAGGAUGUGCGUGGUGCCCUGGAAAAAGCUUUAGGGCCUGACGCUGCUCCAGUCAGCUUGUCACCUGAGAAUCCAAUGCCAAAAGCCGCUAAUGAAUUGAUACGGGAGAUUGCCACCUUGGAGCUAGAGGUCAAGAACAUGGAGCAGUAUCUGCUGACGCUGUAUCGGAAAGCGUUUGAGCAGCAAGCACCUGCAUUUUCUCCUCCUGAUAACCGGGAAGCUUCAAAGCCAUCAUUGAGCUCAAGGUCCGGGCAGCUCUGGGAAAUGCCGAUGGCAAUAAAGUCUUUCAAGAGUAGAGAGGAUACAGCAGUCCGGUCCAGCUAUCCGCUGCCACACAAGAAAUGGAAUGAUCCAUUGACAGAUUGCUGUACAUCGGUUCGUCCUGAUAGAGCAGUUGAUUCAGAUGUCCUCCGCUGCCAGUCUGCCUUAUCAUACCGUGGAGUUUGUUCAUCCAGAAUACUACCUUCAGACGAUGAUAGUCUUGCAAGGGCUCUUCGCUCAUGCCACUCGCAACCUUUUUCAUUCCUAGAGCAGGAAGGAGAGACUGGUGCGUCAGGAAUGAUAAGCUUAGCAGAGUAUCUAGGAACUAAUGUAGCUGACCACAUCCCUGAAACUCCCAACAACCUGUCAGAGGAGAUGGUGAGAUGCAUGGCCGGGAUAUACUGCAGACUUGCAGACCCUCCGCUGGUUCACCAUGGUUCCUCAUCUUCGCCGACAUCGUCGUUCUCCUCAACAAGUGCAGUCUCUCCACAGUAUGUGGGCGAUAUGUGGAGUCCCAACUACAAGAGAGAAACUACCCUAGACUCCCGAUUGAUAAACCCGUUCCAUGUUGAGGGUUUGAAGGAGUUCAGUGGACCGUACAACACAAUGGUUGAGGUUCCUAUGAUUAGCCACGACAGUCGGAGAUUGAAAGAAGCUGAGGACCUGCUCCAGACGUAUAAGUUGAUCCUAUACCGGUUGGAAACUGUUGAUCUGAGGAGAAUGACAAAUGAAGAAAAGCUAGCAUUCUGGGUCAACAUACACAAUGCUUUGCUGAUGCAUGCUUAUCUGAAGAAUGGCGUCCCACAGAACAAUCUGAAGAAGACAUCCCUACUUGUUAAGGCUGACUGCAAAAUCGCCGGACGUAACAUCAACGUAGCCGUUAUCCAGAGCAUGGUUCUUGGAUGCAAUACUCACUGCCCCGGACAGUGGCUACGGACCUUGCUUUACCCAAGAAUCAAAAGCAAAGUGAGCAAAGCCGGGCACGAGUGGCGAGCCUUUGCCGUUGCACAAUCAGAGCCUCUUUUACGCUUUGCUCUUUGUUCGGGGAGCCAUUCUGAUCCCGCGGUGAGGGUGUACACUCCGAAGCGGCUGUUCCACCAGCUGGAGGCGGCGAAGGAGGAGUUCAUCCGGGCGACGGCCGGCGUGUGGAGGGAGCAGAAGCUGCUGCUCCCGAAGCUGGUGGAGGCGUACGCCAAGGACGUGAAGCUGUCGCCGCAGGGGCUCGUGGACACGGUGCAGCGCUACCUGCCGGAGAGCAUGAGGAUGGCCGUGCAGAGGUGCCAGCUGGGCGGCAGGUCGUCGAGCAAGGUCGUGGAGUGGGUGCCCUACAACCAGGCCUUCCGGUACCUGCUCGCCAGGGACCUCGCGUUCCCGCACCUCAGCUGACCGUGUCUGUCUCUGCAAUAGCAGAUUAGCAGUAGGGCACUGUGAUGAACUGAAGAAGUUUGGUUGGAGUGGAGUAUAUGCGUGUACCAUAGGGUUAGAGUUAGACAAGGGUUUUGUGCAGAUUUUGUGUCGUGUGGGUAGAGAGGAUCAGAUGAUCACUGGCGAGUGGCGACUGCUUGUGGGUUUCCGAUUGUCCGCUGUAAAAAAAGCUGGGAAAAGGUUAUUUUGUAGAUGAACAGGAGACAGAGGAUGAAAUGGGAAAGCUAAAAUGUUAGUAGUAUGUUCA